AUGCGAGAAAACGAACAUCUAGCAGGAUUAUCUAAGAUGACCAACGCUCACAAUCAGACUCAGGCCUCUACACCGACCACCUCUACCCCAACACAUUCAGGUCCUAUGGAUCUCGACGCUAUCAAAAUGCGAGAACAGCAAUGGGAGGAGGAACGUCGUCUUGGCCUCUGCCACUACUGCAAGAAGGCGGGAAACUCGGUUUAA